AUGGCUUUCAAAGGCGCUCUCGAGGAAGGCGUCGCCUACUGUGUCGCUGGUGAAUACAAACGCAUCCUGUACCACGACCGCAAACAGCGCUUCCCGCCUCCUAGCUCCAUACCCUUUCCAUCUGCACCUAUCCCCGUCCCAACACGUACUCCAGACCACGAAUACCCCCCGAAACGAACGCCAUUCGCACCGUACACACUCGACGACUUGGAGAACGCGGCAUCUAAUGACCAGCUCUACGGAAACGUUAACGAGAAAUCUGUGUCCUUUGACUCGUCUCCCUGGCACGUCCAGCUGCACAGACGUCGAUCCCAGUCCUGCCUGGUGCAGACCUUCUUUCACGACGAGAACAACCAGCCUGACCCUCCUCGUCGUCCCUGGCGUACGCGCAAAGACGCUGCUCGAACCCGAGCUACGAGCCACAGCGCUCGUGCCCCUAUGUUCAUACCGACGCCUGAACCCCAACCUGUGGUUAUUGUUAAAUCACCCAAGGAGCGCAAGGCCAGCAAGAAGGCGCAGGCGGAUAUGCGCUUCCUCGCUGCCGUCUACCGGAGUCUCAAGUGGUUCAUCGACUAUCGGGAGCUAGAGGAUGCGCUAGCGGAAGAUAGCGAGUCGACUGCGCAGGGAGGUGAGAUGACCGAGCAAGAUAGGAUCUUUCUAUGUCGGCUGUACGAGAAUCUUGUCCAUCAGGGCUGCCAGCCGAUCCUUCUCAAUGUCUCUUGCCCCUCCAAUCCGACCCCCCUAUGUUCUCCCGACAGCUCGCGGUCCUCAGUGUCUCCGCAGGCUGUUGACAUUCCUGCUUCCCCCGUUCUGUCCGAGGCUCCUUUGAGCGCGCCGCCUGAAGUACUCACGCCGCCGCAAGUCGUCGCGUCGCUCAUCCUGAGGCACCGCGACCGUUCCACUGUCCGCCCUCGCUCGUCUUCUCCUACUACUCGAGCAACGAAGGGAUCCUCGCCUCUGCGGGAGUGCGUCCUCUUAGCGACGGUGUAG